CCAAUCUGAAAAGAAAAAAGAAAACCCAAAGAAAUUAAAUAACUCGAGAAAUACUAAGGUGUACCACCAAAGGUAACUAGUUGUUACACUGUAGUAAAAUUACAAAAUCAUGUCAACUGCAAAAGACAUAAUUAAAAACUGCCCAUCGAGAGGUUAUGUUUCUGAAAUCGUACUGUCAUUUCCGUUUGCUUCAUUUCCGGUUUGCCUUCGAAAUACCCAUUGUUUCCGGUUGAAAGAACGCGAUGAUCUGUUCUUCUUCAGACUGUCGAGCGUAAGACUGGUCCUUCAAGACCUUCGAAGAGAAUGAUCUCUCGGAGGGUUACCGGAAACCCAGACGACUGAACGAUGAUCACCGUGGCGCAUGAAGAACGUGCUGUGACUGUAACUCCUCGAAACAGAGCUAACUUUCGAAGGCUCAAAACCAAUAGCAUACAGAGUUAUAAACGAUGGGAAAAAGAGAACGAACUUCUGUAUGCCAUGAUGGAAGACGAGAGCGAAUGGCUGGCAAAGUUAUUUCCCGAUGUUGUUAUAAGUCCCGACUUUUUUUUCUACGCUUUGGAAGAUGGUUCACUACUCUGUCGACUUGCGAACUACAUCCAAGAGAAAGCGGAGACUUACUCUCGGGAGCGAAAAAUCCCAGUACCAGGGAAAAAAUUUCGUUAUCACACAAUGGGAAAAUGCAACAAAGAAAUCAAACUCUUUAAGUCAAGGGAGAAUGUGCAACAGUUUCUAACGUGGUGCCGAAAUCAUGGUAUUCCCGAAGCCAUCCUGUUCGAAUCGAACGACGUUGUCCAAGUAGACGAUUACCGAGAGGGCUGCAGAGGUAUCAUAAUUUGUCUCAUGGAAAUUGUCAGGAGGACAGCUAAGUUUGAACUCGACGAGCUUCCCCAGUUAAUUCAAAUGGAGAAAGAAAUCGAAGAGGACGAGGCUAUGAAUGAUACGGAUGUAUCGGACGAACAAGGGCAAAUUUUGAACGUGGAGCAAAUAAACAUGAGUGAAUUUGACAACCUUGAAGUACAACAGACAGAUCAGCCAGAAAUCCAAAGCCCUAGUUCUUUAGACUCGGAUUCUGGAGUUGACUCUGUAUUUGAUCAAGAAGAGGGGGACAGCGCAGCGUCUCGUUUGACGGAGUUUUCUGUGGAAGAGGAAACAACGAAAGCCACAGCCGUGGUAGGCAAACAAACUUCAUUGAAACCAAAAGAUCGAAAAAGUUGUCCGAAAAUUCAGAAAAAAACUGAUGAACUUCCUUCUCUACUUGAUAGCAAAGGACCAAAAUCGGAGUUAGAUAAACAGGUGUGCAAGCUUGCUCAAGAUUAUGACAUAAAAGUUGUUCACCGACUGAAGGAAGGAAAAUACAUUAUUCUUGGAAGAAUCAUGUUUGUUCGUAUGUUGAAUGAUCACAUGUUGGUACGUAUUGGUGGAGGAUGGGAUACUCUUGAACAUUACUUAAUGACUCAUGUGCCUUCCAAGCAAGCUCUUGAGAACUCUAGUGCUACACCAAGUUCUCAGUCUCCUACCAGUCCACGAAAUUCCAUAUCGACAGGAACUGGAUGCAGAAAGAGUUUGUUCGACAAGGUUAAGAGGAAAGAACAAAUUGGAGUUAUCAGUAGAGACUCGCCAGUUUAUUCCUCGCAAGGAAGCUUGAGUCAUCCUUUGGCGUCUCAGUCGACACCAAAUCUAAGAGAAAAGUCAAAAAAGUUGUCUGUUGUCGAAAGUGACAAGAAGGACAUCACCGACGCCAUUCGAAAGAUCGAGUCAUCCGUGUCACAGAACUUAGCUUCAAGGCCCGUUAGUUUCACAAGCAAGACUUUUCAUCAACUGAAAAGUCGUUUUGACAAGGGAAUCUUUGGAUCCAGCAGGCGAACUUCAUCUCCCGAUCUUUCGGUAAAAGGAAAGAGGAUAUUGAGGCGUUUGAGCGACACUUCUGCAAUGGCGGACAUAGCAACCACGCUUUCUUUCGACAGGAUGAACGAAGACCAACAGCAAAUUACCAGUGCUAAUAAUAAUGAUGCAGAUCUGAAACAACCGGAGUCCGGCGAUGAAGCGUUCCCAGGGAAAACAACGGCGCCAAGAGAAGACUUACUCGGGAACGAAACUCAACAGAGCAACGUUAUGCCACCCGAACAAAUUGCCAUGGACGAGACCGACAGCUCAGAAUCGCGAGGAGAUCUACCUUCCACGGAUCACGCAAACGAUUCUAAUUGGACUGGAGAUUUGAUAGGUGGUCCAGUAAACGGGAGCGAAAACUUACAACAUGAUGAUCAGGGGAAGACUUCAGUUGAUGUUUCGUCGUUUGAUCCUCUCGCACCGACAGGUGAGCAGGACCAACUAAUUUCGACAGAAAAUGUACCUUCGGAAGUAAUCGAAGAGAGGCCAAAGGCUGCGGACGAUGUUGAAGACGAUUCUGUGGUUGGCAAUGGUCACCUUGAAUUAGAAAGUGUUCCUGGGAUUGUACACGAAACAGCAGAAAUGCACGACGAGCUAAUCACGAUGGAAGCAGAUGAUAGCGCGCUGGAAUUAACACCCCGGAUUGACCUAGGUGAUUUGUUAGCGGACUCCCAACCAGUAGAACAAGUCACACCGGAGUCGCAGGAAUCCGCAGUAGAGUCUUCACCUCCGUUUGAGCUAGGAGAUCCCCGAGUGGACACAAAAUCAAUGGAAGCCGAGAAGGAAGGAGAUUUUGUCGAGCCCUCGCCUACGGAGUACCAGAUUUCUGAAGUUGAGGCCACGAAUCCUUUUGAAGAAGUCACAUCUGAUAACCAGUUCGAAGGGAAGGACGUCCAAGAUGUCCCCUCUAUUGAAAUAGAUCCUGUUGAGGAAUCUCCUAACCGGGAAGAAGCUACUCAGUUUGAAGAGCCAGCGCGUAACCAGGAAUCUGCGGUCAAUUCGGAAGGAGAGAUUACCACUCCUGUGUUGGACGAAAUCACCUCUGAAGAGCAGAGUCAGAAAGUAGUCGAGUUUUCUUAUUUAAAGGAGGAUGAAAGUAUGGAGGAAACUUCGAAUUCCAAGAACGAAGUAAGCUUUUCAGAAGAAGAAGCCAAACCUGCAGAACUUGAAGCCACGCCUAUGAUGGAAGAAGCUAAGUCUGUAGAGGCAGAAGGGGAAGAAGCUAAGAUUGCUUUGGAAGACGUUCAUUCCGUAGAGGAGGAAUCGACGCCCACGAGCGAAGAAGUAACGCCUGUAGAAGUCGAAGCCAAGGUUACAGAAGAAGAAGUCAAGUCUCUAGAGAAAGGAUUGAAGCCAUUAGAGAUAGAGGCUAGGCCCGCAGAUGUAGAAAUGAAGACUGCAGAGGAAGAGGACCAACCUUCAGAGGAAGAAGUAAAACCUGUCCAGAAAGAAGCCAAACCUGCAGAAGUCUAUGCUUUUAUGUUUACCGACGAAGGAGUCGCGCCUGUAGAGGAAGAAACUAAGUCUACAGAGGAAGAAGUGAAGUCUUUAGAGGAAGGGUUAAAGGCCUUAGAGAUAGAGACCAUGCCCGCGGAGAUACGAAUAAAGACGAAAGAGGAAGAAGGAAAGGGUGAAGUGGAAGAUGUUCGUUCCAUAGAGGAUGAAGUCAAACCUGUUGAGAAAGAAGCCAAGCCAGUAAAUAUCUAUGCUUUAAUACCUACCGACGAAGGAGUCACGCCUGUGGAGGAAGAAGUCAAACCUUCAGAGGAAGAAGUCAAACCUUCAGAGGAAGAAGUCAAACCUUCAGAGGAAGAGGUCAAACCUUCAGAGGAAGAAGUCAAACCUUCAGAGGAAGAAGUCAAACCAGUUGAGAAAGAAGCCAAGCCUGCAAAAAUCCAUGCUUUACCAACAGAAAAGAAGACGGGAAAUAUUACAAAAACAAAGCCCCAAUCAGCUGGUUUAAAAUCAGCCAAGUCUCCCACCAAAGCAACUCCAUCAACAGGGCCAGCUGCAGCGAAAAAACAGCCAGGAGCCACAAAGCCUUUAAAUGCAACAUCUAAAAAAGAUGUCAAAGCUCCAGCUACAAAAGUGCCAGCAUCCAAGCCUUCUGUUGCUACCAAGGCGCCGGCGGCGAAGUCAACAGCCACCUCCCCAGGCACAAAGAAACCCGCUGGUAAAACGGCAGCAUCUAAGGUAGAUGAAACGAAGAAACCAGAGAGACCCAAAAGUGCUGCUACAGCUCGUUCACCGACAAAGUCUAGCGUCACUAGCACCACUCGACCUGUUAGUGCGGUGUCUAAGAAAGUUCCAGCUUCCACCACAAAACCACCUGCCCGCAAGACCCCUGGUGUAGAUUCCACUGACUCCGGAACACCGAAAAGUGCACCAAAAACUAGUGCUGGUAGGCCAGCAUCUUCCAAACUAACACAAGUUAGAACGAGUUCGCCUGCAACGAAGCCCACGGCCACAAAGCCAAGCCGACCUCAGAGUGCAAAGCCUAGCGACAAACCAGACGGUGCAACCAAGACGCCUACCUCGCGACCACAGAGUGCAAAACCAAAGACGACCACUACGACUACAACUACUGUGAAAAAGACAACUACCACCACUAAGACCGGCAUUGCCCCUAUGAAAACUACUACCACAAAAACUGUGAAAGAAGUUAAGAACGGCCCGGUCAAAACUUCCACUACAACCACUAGACCUACAAAACCUUCUUCGACACCCAAAACUGCUGCCAAGCCCACGACGACCAACUUAAAAUCAAAGCCUGGUGUGAAAACCAGUACAGCAGGUGCAAAACCGUCCACAAAAGCUCCGCCCAUGAAGAAAGAAGACGAGGCAAAAGACAAACAGAAACAGAUAAAACUGGAUGAACCCGAAUCCAAGGAGGAAAAAAUAGUCGAGCUUGUUGCUACCGAAAAACAAAAGCCCCCUGAAAUUGUCGAAGCUGUUUCAGAGGAGAGACCUAUAGAAGGAAGUCCCGAAGAGAAAUUGAUUGAAUUGACACCUGUUUCAGCCUACGAACAAGCUCCCCAGUCGGUCGAAGUCUCUUCGAAGGGCGUCGUCACACAGAUCGUCUCGAGCCAAACGACGACUGUUGUUGAAGAUGGCGAAGAACAAACGACCACUACAACAACAGAAGAAACUGCCUUUGAACAGUUCGAGGGAGAAAGUUAAGGCUGUUAAGUACUUAGAACUGUGGAGGCGAGGAAAUUCUAAUUUUGUGAGGCCUUCAUAGUUCCAGUCAUGACAGAAAAAGGUCGAAUCAGUCACAUAAAAGGAACCAAGAACAUUUGAAUGAGACCCCAGAAAGAACUAACUGAUCUUACGCUGUAUUUUCCUUGUUAAAACCAUAAGAAGAGGUGUGAAGAAAACAAUAAUUUAAUUUAAAAGAGAAUGUUCAAAUUCAAAAGCAGCGUAAAUUUUCUCAAGAUCGAAUCGUCGUUUUCUUUUGUAAUUUUGAAACUUUCACAGUCUCUUUAGUUAUGUCUUCGGAAUCAUGGGAAUUUCUAAUGUUUGAAACUCUUCUGAUGGUUGUCCUGUGGUCAUGUAAUUUUAUUAAGACGCGUUGUGUGAAAAUUAAGGGGGUUUACUUUGUUCACAAAGGCAAACCUGACUAGUCUUAAGAGAGAAAAGUAUCUAGAAUUGUCUGUAUUUAUACCAAGAUUUGCACAGCCUUUUCAAACGUGCCGUCUAGGUUCAACUUCUAAAGAUUUUCACACAGAACAUGUAUUAUAAGAUGUUAUGUGACAUUUUCAUAAUCAGGGUGUUGUUGAAGAGUGUCCACUAUUAGUCUUUCUGUGUGGGUGUUUUAUUAUCACAGUGUUCAUCAAUCGAAUUGCAACUAUUUAAGAAAAUUAACAUUUUCCAAAUCGAUUUAACUGAGACACUGGGUGACACACCGGUUAUGUAAGAGAGCUUCAAAAACUGAUAGGCUUGUGACAACAAGUGACAUAAAAAUAGGGAAAUAAUGUAUUUUGUGUUUUUGUAAAUAUAGAGAAAAGAAAAGAUUUCGUAACGUGAAUCAGAGAAAUAAAGACUUAAUUUAAACAGCUA